UACAAGAGAGAAGUUAAAUGUUGUUUUGUAAUACAAUAUUCAAUUUCUAUUUUCAUUUAAUGCCAAAAAAAUGUAUCAACAAUUUGGAAACUCGUUUUGUUUUGCCUCAUUGCAAAUUUGAUUUUGAAAUUCUGCGCCAUAUUUUUAGUGCUUCUAUGCGGGAUUUUUAAAAACGGAAAUUAUUGCUGUUAGUUCUAGAUUCUUGAAAAGCAGAAUUGCUGACUCAAUAUGUCCCAGAAAUCUACUGAAAUGAAUGUUUUGAAGGAAAAUAUGAGAAAAGUAUCUCCAAUAAGCAAAAAACUGUAUCCUGCUCACAAAUGCCCUUCUUUGCAAACAAUAGAUGUGGCUCGUGAACGCAGAGAGGAAAUACAUUUCAUUUCUCAAGAUCUUGCUCGAAAAUUGCUUGUAUCCAAAAGAGGUCCUCAGCAGUUAAAAGGAUUAAUAACAGAAGAUAAAUUAGAAAAGUUGCUAAAAUCUGCUUCUGAGAAUAUUAAAGAGUCUGAGGAAGCUAGAAGAGAAGAAAAAGCAAAAUUGAGAGAUAAGCUUUUGAAAGAACAAGAAGCUAGGAGAGCUGAAUUUGAAGCUUGGGAUUUGGUUCGUAAGAAGAAUGAGAAACUUACUGAGCUGGAAGAAGAAGCGAAACAAAAGAUGGAAUAUUUUAGAGAAAAGGCCAAUGAAGCUAUCAGAGAACAAAAUGAAGAAAUUAAAGAAAUCAAUAAGCUUAUUCUAUCUGCAAAAGUGCAAGCAAUCAGAGAUGCCCAAGUCAAAGACAAGCAAAAUAUGAAGAAAGAACAUUUGAUUCAUGAAGCAAAUUUAGAUUCAAUCAUGGAGAAAGAAAGGAGUCAAGGCGUUUCAAAGGAACGGGAUAUGCAGCAAAAAAGGAAAGAGGCUGCUUUUCAAGCAGCUGCAGAGUUACAAGCACAAAUACAAGACAACAAAGAACGUCACCUUAUUGAUUCUGAAAGAAAAGUCAAAGAAGGUGAAAUAUUGUUGAAGAAAAUGAAGGAAGACCAAGAACGAGAUUAUCAACAAAUGAAACUCAAGAGGUUGAAGAAGCAAAAAUUUUUGGAAGAACUGACCAAAGAUAACAAAGAGCUACUCAAGAGAAAGCAAAACAUAAAAGAACAAGCUGAAAAGGAGGAUAAAAUGAUUGCAGAGUUUCAAAGGCUAAAAGCUUUGCAAGAUGAAGUAAAGUAUGCCAAGGAAAAAGAAGCAAAGAAAAAGAAAGAACUUGAACUGGCAAAGAUGGGAGAACUUUAUCAGAAAUCUUCUAGUUUACAAGCAGAACAAGAUGCCUUAAGAGCUCGUCGGGCUCAAGAGGAAAAAGAAAGAGAGUAUCGAAGAAAAGAGAAAGAAGAUGCAAUUAAAAAAAAAGAGAGGCUUGAAAGUGUGAAAAAAUCUCGAGAAAAACAAAUUGAGCAGCAACAGUACUUGAAACGCAUUAAAGCUGAUGCAGAAAUUAAAGAACUGGAAGCGCUAUUACAAAAACUUAAAGAUGAAACAAAAGCAGAAGAAAGGAAAAAGCUUUUGAAAAAAUUAGACAACUUAAAACACUUAGAAGAUCUCAAAUCUCAGAUACGGAAGAAAGAGAUAGAAAAAAUCAAUGAGAGGAAAGAAUUUUUUAAUGAAGGCAUCCAUCUGCACCAAGAAGAAAAACGUCGGGCAGAAAUGCUCAAAGCGCUAAAAAUGGAAAAAUUGAAUGAACUGAAGAAAUAUGAAAUUCCAAAUUCAUACAUCAAUCAUAUAAAGAGAAAAGUAAAUUUAGAAGACUGAGAAAAACAGAUGAACUUUGUGUAUUAAAAAUUCUGUGCAUAAUUAUAUGAAUAAGAAUGUUUUAACCUGUAAUGUCUAUAUCCUUUUUAAACCUGUAAUAUCUCUGUAUUUCUUCGUCUUCUUUUUUUUUUUUUUUUGUAUUGCAAUUUCAGAUCCAGCAAAUCAUUAUUAAAAAAUAGUCA